AUGGAUUUUGAUAAAGAAGAUGGUGAAAUGAGUGACGACAAUGAAAUGGAUAUCGAGGAAAGAGAUCAAAAACCCGAAAUUCAAUCCGAAGAAUGUACUUUGCUUUAUAUGGCUGAUAAGACAGGGCCGAUAAUCAAACAGUUGCAUAAAAUAGAUUCUAUAAAAUUGGAAGAAAGGGCAAAGCGCUUUGGACUGAAUUUAAGUGGAAAUAGAAUUGUAACUCAAAAGCAAAUCGAUGAGCUUUAUUCCAACAUUGGUAUUGAAGAAAAAGAAAGACAUUAUAGGCUUGACACACUGCAUAUUACUGGAAUAGAUGGCUUAACGACUAAAGAUGUUUUUGAAUACUUAGAAGAUUACAAACCUGUUUCUUUGGAAUGGGUUGAUAGUACUUCUUGUAACAUGGUAUGCCAGGACCAUAUUGCAGCAGCGUUAGCUUUACUUGUUCACUCACAUGAAAUUAGUGAUGAUAGUUUAAAAGAAAUGUUAUCAGAAAGAUCUUCAUAUCAUUGGCGAGAAGGUAUGCCACAUCCAAAAAGAGAUGUUAUUUUAAUGAGAUUUGCAACAAAUGCAGACAAAAAGAUGGCAAAAAGAAACCAUGAUUCAGUACAUCCUAAACAAAAGAAGCACAUUGAUUUAAAUGACAAAAAUCCAUGGGGUGAUCUUUGUAUGUCAUGGGGGGUAUAUGAUCACCAGGAAGUGUUUCAACGUAAACUACCACACACACCUGAUUAUAAUGAUGAUGAUGUAGAACCUAGGAAAAUUAUCAAACCAAGAAAUAAAAAUCUUGCAAUGAGACUGGGAAAUCGAAACCAAGUUCAACAGUUUGAUGAAUCUAGUGAUUCAGAUGCAGAAUGGAAUAAGAAAUCAAAAGUGCCUAGAAUGAGAAUGAGAGCUGAUGAUGAAGAAUCAAAAAUUAAGAAAAUUACUCCCAUGGAACAAAAUAAUUCAAGUGACAAAGAAGAGUAUGCACCCUUGUCCAUUGAGGUGUUAAAUUCCAGAAAUUCUAUUGCAAAAAGGUCAUCUUCAUCUCACAUUUUAUCAAAUAUGUUUAAGAAAGGUCAUAGAAGCAAAAAUAUACAAUCACGUCUCGGUGUCAAAGUUGUUCCAAAUGAUCAAUGUAACAGUGACAGCUGUUCAGAUUCAGAUUUUGAUAGUUACAAUACAAUGAGUAAGGUGCAAAAAGUUGACAGCCGUAAUAAAGAAUCCACUACAGUCUGGUCUAGAUUAGAUAGACAAUUUGAACAGUCUAGUAAGAAAACCGAUUUACGUCAAAUUAUAAAAACAAAGAAACAUAAUAAGUCUGAUGAUUUAAGAGAACGUCUUGGUAAGCCAAAAUCAAAUCUAAGAAUUGAAAUUGAUAAUAAUUAUGCUAAAUAA